AUAGAUAGAUAGAGAGAGAGAGAUAGCGAGAGAGAGCGAGAGAGACAGAGAGAGAGAGAGAGAGAGAGAGAGAGAGAGAGAGGGGUGACCGUAGAGUGAUGGGACCCGGCUGAGGGAACAGCAGCGAGUGAUCACUCUCCGAGCUGGUAAUGACAGGUAGACAGAUGUGAAGGAUGACUUCCUGCUCAGAGAUCUGUGGGUCGGACUACGGUGAGCAAGCUCAAGCCAGCGGGAACUGCCAGCAGUAUGGAGUCCGCUCCUACCUUCACCAGUUUUACGAGGAAUGCACAGCUUCCAUCUGGGAACGCGAUGAAGAUUUUCAGAUUCAGAGAUCACCGAGUAGGUGGAGCUCUUUACUCUGGAAGGUCUGUCUCGUGUUCGGCACUCUGAUCUUAGUAGUGGGCCUCAUUGUUGUGUUGGUGGGUUACGGCACUCCAACCAGGAUCGAAGCAUUUGGCGAGGAUGAUCUCCUAUUUGUUGACAGCCAUGCGGUCAGUUUCAACCGUGCACUGGAUGUUUGCAAGCUGACCGGCGCCGUGCUGUUCUGUGUGGGAGGCACCUCCAUGGCAGUGGGUCUCCUGCUGUCUGCCUUUGCUAAAAGUUACUCCAAAGAAGAGCUGUAUCUGCAGCAGAAGUUUAAGGAGAGGUUGGCCGAUCUGCACACGACAGUCGGUACCCCCAUAAUGAGGGCGCCAACACCCGGCGAGGGAAAAGUUCCAGUCACACUUUCAAAAGUGCAGAACAUCCAGCCAACGACCACAAAGUCAGAGACCUGACAGAAGACCACAUGAAGUCGUACAGUGAAGAAAUGUGUGUGUGUAUGUGUGAAGAUUGACUGGAGUGCAAACUGGUGUGUGAGUGUGAAACAAGUGUGUGUGUGGAAGUCGAUCCGUGUGCAUUUCUCUCAUUUUGAAAGGUCAACUCACAUGACUGAUAGGAUUGGUUCUUCAUCUUUAUUUGCUUUGUUUGACAUUACAGCUCGAUUCUUAAGGUUAUAUAGGCGCAGAGUUGAUCGAGCUGAGCAAAGUUUAUCUCCUUCAUUUGAAUAUCACUAGUAUGAAAUUCAAUUUUUAGUUCAACAAUGCACAUGCAGGUUCUGAGCUAAAUGCCCAGAAAACAAGCCACAGGCAGAAAUAAGUAUACAACAGCAGCUGAGGGUGGGGGUCGUAGAGCAGCAGAUGUACCAUUUGAAGUAAUUGCUGAUUGGCUCCAUUCACAGAAAUGAUCAAAAACGAGGCAUGAACACAUCAACCAUUAUCUCUGUGUCGAAGAUCAGAUUCAGUCUCUGUGGACUGAAUAUUCAUUGUGUAUCCUGUGUACACAGAAAAUCACCACAGUGAGAGCUGUCAAUCAAAACCGCACAAUAAGAAUCCAUGUACUGAUAUAUACUUCUUUUAAGUUAUUUUUUACACGCCA